UUUCCUUCUUCCUGAGCCAAGAGCAAGUCCAUUGGACAAAACUGCGAGGAUUUAGAAGCUAAUAGUGCAAACAUGUGGCGCGUAUAGCUGGGGAUUUAGAGUGAGAAGAGAGACGGGGUGUGGGGUCCAACUUUUGCUCUAUUUGCUUUGCGAACCAGAGCUGAAGACCAACCAUCUCCCUCCAUCUCUCUCUGUUUUCUCGCGGUAGCUCUUUGAAGGUAACGCUGCGUUGAAGAAGUGCUCAGUGAAGAUUGUAAUAAUUCAAACAAGAAGUAAAAGGAGACAGAUGAAGAAAAGGAAAGAUGUGAAUUCUCAGAAGGGAUAUAAUUGUUAAAAGACAUUUUGGAGGGAAUGAUUAUUUACAGGAUCAAGUGGUGAAAAUUGCAGGGAUGCUUGACAAAACAUUAGUUUCUCCUUUAAUGUCCUACAAUUAUGCGGCAAGUUUCUACAUUUCUACUCGUGAUGUUGUAACUGCUACACCAAAUAUUGCACAUUUAAAUCUCAAUAGUCUUUCACAGAAUGCAACCAAAGGAACUUUGACAUCGAGUUUUUCAUGCAAGAAAUGGCUAUUACGUUCAACAUUGCAAAUUGAGAAUAUGAUUUCGACUGAAGAAGAUAAGAAGACAUGGCAAGAUUGCAGAGAAGCCCUGUAUGCAUUUAAUUUCAGCGUUGAGGAAGCAGACAAGAUACUUGGAAAAGCAUAUGGUCAGAUUCAUUCACCUUAUUGGGGCGAAGAGCGUAAAAAGGUUGUCCCAAAAAUUGAUAUUGUAAAGGAGAUAUUAGACUAUCUCAGGAGUUUAAGCCUUUCAGAUGAUGAUCUCUGCAAGGUGCUCAAAAAAUUCCCAGAAGUUCUUGGAUGUAAUCUUGAUGAUGAGAUAAAAACAAAUGUACAGCUCCUGGAAAAAGAAUGGGGAAUCAAAGGAAAGUCGCUUCGAAACCUUCUUCUUCGAAAUCCUAAGGUAUUGGGUUACAAUGUUGACUGCAAAGGAGAUUGUAUGGCACAAUGCACUCGAUGCUGGGUUCGAUUUUAGCUUGUGAUCCACAUCCUUUUUUUUUUUUUUUUUUUUUUUUUUUUUUUUUUUUUUUUUCCCCUCAAAAGAAGUUGGUAAUUUUGCAUAUAUGAGGGCAUAAUCUUACUGUAUAUCUACAUAAUUGUUAUCUGAGAUUAAAACUUAUUUUUAACCAUUUUAGGUAAAUUUGAUCAUAUGUAUUCACCGACCCUAGCAUUGUUCUCUAUGUUCCAAGCAAUUUCAAAUAAUUUUAUUUGCUUUACUUUCUAUAAAAA